AUGAGUUUGUCACAAGAGGAACGUAUUAGAAACUGGUUGGAAGAAGAUUCAGAUGAAGAUGUAAUUGGUGGGGAAGAUGAUGAAGAAGGUGUUGAUGAAAUAGAGCCCCAAAUAAGUGAGCACAAAACUAAUACAGAAGAAGAAUGCGAUUCAGAACCAGAAGCUAUUACGGAAAAUCAGAAAAUUUGUUCAAGCAGCGAAGAUGACGUUCCCUUGUCUCACUUGCAAACUUCACAGUGUUACAUGGUGCACAGAAAAUUAAGAAAUGGUAGGACUGAAGUAAUUUACAGAUGGAGGAAGCAACCGCCGCCACCAACAUGUCGCACCCGCAGUCAGAACAUCGUGACCCAUUUGCCAGGACCUAAAGCCAUAUGUAGAGGAGCAGAUACUGCUGAAAAAGCCUGGAUAUUGCUAUUUUCAAAAGAAUGGUUAGAAAAGGUUGUUCUUUACACUAAUCAGAAAAUACAAUCGCAAAAAUUUUAUUAUCAAAGAGAUAGAGACUCAUCUGAAACAGACAUGAUUGAAAUAAGAGCUUUGAUAUGUUUAUUAUAUCUCAUUGGUCUAUACAAAUCAUCACACGUACGUAUCUCGGAUGUUUUCAACCCAGAUGGGACUGGAUUGGAUAUUUGUAGAGCUGUAAUGUCGGUACAAAGAUUUAAAUUUCUCUUGCGCAAUCUCAGAUUCGAUGACAGGAAUACCCGUGACGAGCGAAGAAUCGAAGAUAAAUUAGCGCCCAUAAGAGAAUUGUUUGAAGAGUUUGUACAAGCUUGUCAACGGUGUUAUACUGUUGGUGAGUACAUAACACUGGACGAAAUGUUAGAAGCUUUUACGGGAAAGUGUAGUUUCAGGCAAUACAUGCCUAAAAAACCCGCAAAUGCUCGUUUAUUUUAUACCCUGAAUUUAGAGGUGUAUGUGGGAGUUCAACCUGCAGGGCUGUAUGCUGUUGACAAUUCUACGAUGGCUAUCACAAAGCGAAUGAUUCAACCAAUAUCUGGAACGGGUCGCAAUAUCACCAUGGAAAUUGGUACACUAGUGUUCCACUAG